CGUGGUUUGCGGCGGCCCAUGGGCCGCAAAAGUCAAAACGUAGAGCCGCAAAACAUAGGCAUUGAUUAAAUAUGUUGGCUUGGUGACUGCAGCGUUAUAUUCAGUGUGGUGGUGUCCGUGUGUGCGCAAGUAGUUGGCCGCGAUUAUUGACUUCGAAGAAACGUUGUUUCUUUAGGGAUAGCGCGCAGUGUCAGCCUCUGUCACCGUGGUCGGCACAGUUUCUGAGAGAUAUUCUAUCAACAAUUGACGAUGGAAAUGGAUAAUAAACUGAAAUUUGCAACCUUGCUACUUGUGAUAAUAUGUAUUGAGAAAAUAACUGGUGAAGAACCAAAGAGGGAGCAGAAAAAACUGCAGAUAGGCAUCAAAAAAAGGAUAGAAGAUUGUGCAACCAAGUCUAGAAGAGGAGACCUUCUGCAUAUGCAUUACACAGGCACACUGGAGGACGGCACCGAGUUCGACAGCAGCGUACCCCGCGGCCAGCCGCUGACCUUCACACUCGGUUCGGGCCAGGUCAUCAAGGGCUGGGACCAGGGACUUAUCGGCAUGUGCGAGGGUGAGCGGCGCAAGCUGGUGAUCCCGCCGGACCUGGGCUACGGCAGCAGCGGCGCGCCGCCCAAGAUCCCUGGCGGCGCUACGCUCAUCUUCGAGGUCGACCUGGUCAAGAUCGAGCGCAAGGACGAGCUGUGACCAGAUGGCGCCACCGGCGGGCGUCGGCGCGCGCUCUGACGGACCGGCGCCACUGACUGACCAGGGGACUGACGGAUUGGUGGACCAGUGGAUGAACUUAACGACGAACUGGCAGACCGGUGGACCAGUGGACUAGUGGAUAGGUGGACAAAUGGAACCGGGGGACGGACAGGUGGACAGAUGGAUCCAGGGCGACGGACAGGUGGACGGUGGACAGGUGGACCAGAGGGGUGGUGGACCGAUAGGUUAAGGGAUGUCGGCGGACGGGUGGAUGGUGGACAAGUGGACCAGAGGGGUGGUGGACUGAUGGAUCAAGGGAGAUCGGCGGACUGGUGGGCGGAGCGAACGGCAGACUGAUGCACCGGCGACCAGGGGACAGAGACGUCAGCUGACAUGGAGAUCGAUAAAUGCACGGGCCGCGUCACUCAUCAUUUGGGCACGAUCGGCUGCUUUGCCGGGGGAGGCCUGGCCAUUGAGAUUUUUUGUGCUUUUUGGGGGAAGACUUUGAGUGUUGAUUCUGUGGGUCAGUCGGGUUAUGUUUCCGACGUUUGUCCGGUUGUGCUCACUAAUACAUUGCUAGAU